UUUCAAUGUCCAAUUGUCUUGUACUUCAUCACCAUUCCAUUAUUUCACAACGCAUGAGGUGGGCUUAACUACCAGUUGUUGUUAAAAAAUUAAUGAUGAGGACCACCGUCACUACUUUGCUUUUCACCCUAUAUCUCGCCUUCGCGAUAGCUAGAUCUCCUCCGAAACCAGGAUGUGAUGAAGAUAGCUGCCCAGGUCCUCUGAAGAUCUACAAAGAAGUAGGUUGCCAGCCGAUCAAAAGAAAUCCUGAUGAUUGUUGUCCUAUGAAAUACGACUGUGCGCAUUUAAAAACCAGAACAGGUGAUAAAUGUUAUGCUUUUGGCAAAUCAUACAACCCCACAGAAAGCAUUAGCAAGGAGGAUACGGGAUGUCUUCCUACAUGUACCUGUGUGAAAAUAAAUGAGGAAGAAGCAAGUUGGGCUUGUGCCUCGGUUUACAUCCCAAUAACAACAGCUGCUGGAUGCUAUCAUCCACGAAACGCAACGAUGUGUUUCCCUGGUCCUGAAACUUGCCCCCCGAAUCCAGAGGACAUCCCCAAGUGUUUGGUGGAUGGAAAAACUUAUGAGGAUGGUGACUACUUCGAGCCAGAAGGGACACCCAAGAAGGCUUGCUGGUGUGGUCCUGGUUAUACAGGAGAAAAUACAAUGCCGUUCUGCAGAGAAUUCAGGGAUGAGAAGUGUGGAUAUGAGUUGAAAUCUAGAUCAUCAUUAGAAAGAAAUUGUGCUCCAGUAUGGGGUGUGGGAGAACAGCCUGCCGUUCAAUGUAACCGCUGGUGGCGAUGUCCAAAAGACACCGAUAAGGUAAUUCCGCGAGAGCAAUUCCUUGGAACUCCUGAAGACGACACUCCGGAUCCCGUAGGAAUGACUUGUGAAAUGGGAGAGCUAGAAAUGCGACUUGGAGAUGAACUGGAUGAGAUACCCGAGGAUGAUUCAGACUGUACCAAGUGCAUUUGCGAAAUUCCACCGCUGCCAACUUGUCGCAAAAUUCCCAAGCGUUUCUGUCUUAUGACAGCUGCGGAACGUAACGAGUCUCAUGAACAGAAAUCAUAGAUUAAGUAUCAACAGAUAGUUCGACCAAAAGGGUUUUCUGCUAAUGUUCUGUCUCGUAUCUACUAUGAAACCUGUACAAAAAGUCCUUGGUCCGAGUUGAAGGACGUCAGUCAUUAUUAUGAAAUACACAAAAGCAUUAAUUGAAA